AUGUCUGAACAAGGCGAUUCUUCAAAACUACAACACGAAAGUCCUGAAAAAAAUCGUUUCCAAUUAGAAUUAGAAUUUGUUUCUUGUUUAGCAAAUCCUUGGUAUCUUAAUAAUCUUGCUCAAAAUGGUUACUUUGAAGAUCCAACGUUCAUGAAUUAUAUAAAAUAUUUAAAUUAUUGGCAACGUCCUGAAUAUUCAAAAUUUAUAGUUUAUCCGCAUGCUCUUUAUUUUUUAGAUUUAUUACAAAAUCCAAGUUUUAGAGAAAAUUUAAAGAAUUUCGAAAAUACUAGACAAAUUUCUCAUAAACAAUAUUAUCAUUGGUUUAAUUGGAGAAAUUUGAUGGAUAAUAAUACAAAUAAUAAUGAGAAUACAAAUUUUAAUAUAAAAAAUGAGAAUAUUAAUAAUAUUAAUAAUAAUAAUAAUGAGAAUAUUAAUAUGAAUAAUAAUAACAAUAAUAAUAUGAAUAUGAAUGAUGAUGAUAUUAUUAAUAUUAAAAUUGAGGAAGAAGGGAAUGGUUUAAUUUCAUCAUCAUUAUUAUCUAAUCUUACAAUGAUUGAAAAAUCAAAUGGACAAUUUUCUAUAUGA